AUGACAGCGCCCGUCACUCUUUCCCCAUUGACCCCCUCACAGCUCGAUGAGGGUGCAUCUCGAUGCUUGGCUCUCCAGCAAUCUGGCCAAGAUAUACAUGGCAAGAGACCCUUCGCGGCCAUUCUCCUAGCCCCAGAUAACACGACGCAGCUCAUGUCAUCGCUGUCGUUGUCGCACGUUCGCCAUGCAGAAUGCGAACUCGCCCGUAAUGCUGCCGACAACUAUUCCUGGGAGUAUCUCGCCGGGUGUACCAUGAUAUCCACCUGGGAGCCAUGCGCCAUGUGCGCGGGAACCGUUUACUGGGCGCAUAUCGGUCGACUGGUGUAUCUUGCCUCGGAGAAAACACUACAAGGCUUGAUAGGAGUAGGAAACCCGGAAAAUCUCACAUUGGACCUACCUUGUCGCGACGUGUUUGUGGCCGGGCAGACUAAGGUAGAGGUCAUAGGGCCAUUGACGAGCGAGGGAUGGGAGAGACGCGUUGUCGAUGACGCCGGGCGGUACUGGUCGAAGCACGGUCAGUAG